UGAUGAGCACAGAUCCUCUCUUCCCAGCUCUAAGAGCCACAUAACUGAAAUUUUACAGCAAUCAUUUCCUACAGAGAUUGUCCCCACCCCCUCCACUCGGGUUUAGCCCGGACCCCUCACGGCACGGCUCGACUGACUCGCAGCCAGCCCCGGCCCUCCUCCAGGGCUGCGUGAGCCGGUGUUUGAUUGGAUUAGAGUCGGCUAGCCUUUGCCCUCUAACCCCGCUGAUGUUGGCUGGCUGCUUCCUGCUCGCUCCGCUCCCCCUGACCGACUGACGAAGCCUGCCUGAAGCCGCGCGGCGAAGCUGCCUGCACGGACACAGCCGACCGGGACGAGCCGAGCCGAGGAAGAGCCACGAUACACGCACAGGCAGGCGGGCGAGGAAAAACCCAGGCAGCCAUGCGGAGGAAAUCGAGGAUAUUGUUAUGUUUUGCGGUGCUGUGGGUGCUGGGGAUAGCCUACUACUUCUACUCGGGGACAGCGCUGAGUCGAAAGGAUGAUUGGGGUGCCAGUGACACGUUGAGUAGGAGCAAAGCUCACAGCGCUGAGGAUAAGGUUCAUGGCCUGGAGACUCUACCACCAGGCAAAGUGCGCUGGCAGGAUUUCGACCAGGAUCUAUAUGUUGGAGCCACAGUGGUCCGACCGGGUCAGGAUCCGUAUGCAAGGAACAAAUUCAACCAGGUGGAGAGCGACAAACUGCGUAUGGACAGAGCCGUGCCGGACACGAGACACGACCAUUGCAGACACAAACAAUGGAAGUCAGACCUUCCAGCCUCCAGCGUGGUCAUCACCUUCCACAAUGAAGCUCGCUCUGCUCUGCUGCGCACUGUGGUCAGUGUCUUGAAGAAAAGUCCUCCUCACUUGGUCAGAGAGAUCAUUCUGGUUGAUGAUUACAGUGAUAACCCGGAGGACGGAGCGUUGCUGGGGAAGAUUGAGAAAGUGCGCGUGUUGAGGAACGACCGCAGAGAAGGACUGAUGCGUUCGAGGGUUCGUGGCGCAGACGCUGCCACAGCACCAGUCCUCACCUUUUUGGAUUCUCACUGUGAAUGUAACGACCACUGGCUAGAGCCGCUACUGGAGAGAGUGGCUGAGGAUAAGACCAGAGUAGUUUCUCCCAUUAUUGACGUCAUCAACAUGGACAACUUCCAGUAUGUAGGAGCGUCUGCAGAUCUGAAAGGAGGUUUUGACUGGAAUUUGGUGUUUAAAUGGGACUACAUGACUCUGGAGCAGAGACGAGCCAGACAAGGCAACCCCAUUGCACCCAUUAAGACUCCAAUGAUAGCAGGAGGUCUAUUUGUCAUGGAUAAGGAAUACUUUGAGCAGCUGGGAAAGUAUGACAUGAUGAUGGAUGUGUGGGGAGGCGAAAACCUUGAGAUCUCAUUUCGUGUGUGGCAGUGUGGUGGCAGUCUGGAGAUCAUCCCCUGCAGCAGAGUUGGCCACGUCUUCAGAAAGCAACAUCCCUACACCUUCCCAGGGGGCAGCGGGACUGUCUUUGCGAGGAAUACAAGGAGAGCAGCAGAGGUGUGGAUGGAUGAGUAUAAAAACUUCUACUACGCCGCUGUCCCCUCAGCGAGGAAUGUCCCCUAUGGAAAUAUCCAGAGUCGUUUGGAGAUGAAGAAGAGAUUAGGCUGUAAGCCAUUUAAAUGGUACCUGGAGAAUGUCUACCCUGAACUGAGGGUCCCAGAUCACCAGGACAUAGCGUUUGGAGCCUUGCAGCAGGGAGGAAACUGUUUGGACACCUUGGGUCAUUUUGCUGACGGGGUAGUGGGCGUCUAUGAAUGCCACAAUGCAGGGGGAAACCAGGUAGCGUUACCGCGGCGAUACACGCAGGAAUGGGCCCUGACCAAGGAUAAGUCAGUUAAACACAUGGACUUGUGUCUGACUGUGGUGGACAGAACAUCCGGCUCACUCAUCAAACUACAAGGUUGUCGAGAGAAUGACAGCAGACAGAAAUGGGAGCAGAUUGAAUCCAACUCGAAGCUCCGUCACGUGGGCAGUAACCUCUGUCUGGACAGCCGCAGUGCCAGGAUGGGUGGACUCACUGUGGAGGUCUGCAGCCCGAGCCUCAACCAGCAGUGGAAGUUCACCCUCAAUUUGCAAUCAUAGGGGGCGCUACAGACCCCAGGUAGCAUUGGAUCUUGGAUAGAGACACCAACAGACUCUUGAGACGCGGGUAAAAAAAAAAGAAAAAAAGAUGGACUUAAGGAGAAAGAUGAAAUACAAUGGAUACAUGGAUGCUUUUUGCUCCUCCUCCUCCUCCUCAGAAGUGCAGCCAGUCCUGUCUGCACCCCUCUCCUCCACCUCACCCUUCCCAAAAAAAAAAAACCAAACAAAAAAGCAAAACAAGCCGUGACCCAAUUUGGGGGGGAGGGGCUUGCAGACCAUACUGGAGUUAACAGGAAUCUGACUGUGUUUGAUGGAUGGCGACAGUGAUGAUCAUGAUAAGGAUAAAAGCGAUGAAGAGGCUUUCCAUCCAAACUACAUACCUCAGUGUUUUUUCAUUGAUGGUUCCAGAGGCAAAUGAUGAGUGAAUUCUUUUUGUUCUCUUACUUUUUUCGAUGCUGGUGAAAUAGAACUCUUUGACAUUUUGACUUUGUAAUUAUUUUAUUUUCUUAUUAAUAUUUUUUUAUUUCUUGCUCUUAAUUCUCCACAGUGGUUCACGGGAGCUUUUUUUUAUUUUUUAUUUUUUGGUCUUGAAAGAAUCAGAUGUUGGACAUUGGUGUUGUUGCUCUGCUCCAGUGCUCUCUUUUGAGUUAGAGCCUGUGGUAAAGGUUUGGGUGUAGAGUGAUGCGGAGGGAGGAAAUGGACUCUGUUCCUCGAGCUUUUCCUCUCGUUUACUUUCAUUGGUUUACUGGAUCAACAGAGAAAAGAAAACUAGGAGAAUGGUGUCUGUACUUUUUUGUUUUCUAUACGCUUUUUCCUACAGAUUGUGUCUUGGGGAG